GAAUUUCCUGGCACUGGUGAUUUUUUUUGUGAAGAACAUGGCCAACUAAAGGCUGAAGAAACCGAACAUUGCUACAAAAUUCAUUUGGCUGUCGGAGACACUACUGGUUCGGCGUGCUUCGUCGCACUUGGAAAGACCGCUGAAUCUUUGCUUGGAGUUACAGCAAACGAACUAUUGUUGCAGCAUCCCCACCGCCAUGGCCAUUUCCCUCCGGCAAUUGUGGCCAUGAAUGGAUGUUGGUUUUCGUUUUGUGUGCAACUCCCUAAACCUGGAUAUCUGGCUCAGACUCCUCUGGAGUUUACUAUACUUUCUGCAUUCGACCGCAGCCAGCUUUAACAAUAAACUAAUGAAAACGUCAACGCUUGCGCAGAAAGUCAUUGUGCUCGACCGUUGUCUUACCUAUAUUAUCCCAGUAUUUAGCAAUAUUUGCACUUCAACAUCAACAGACUUAUGUAUCCGCGAUGUACGUACAAACUAUUCACAUGCACAAUGACUCCGCUUUUUCGCUUACAACUCUCCAUUCCCACAAUAUAGUCUCCCCGCCGCAGAGCGCGGGCU